AUGUUCACAUCAUAACAAACCUUUUUUGAUCAAAUCACUUCAAAUUUUCAGUAUAAAAAUGGCCCUUAUUAUAUGUAACAGUGGUAUUAUUCGUAGAAUAAAGUUCAACUUGCCGAUGCUGGAAGAAUUCACCAUAACACCAACGCUUUUUUUCGAAGGAUGUAAAAAUUUGGCAACUUUUCUUGGAUAUUUUGGAAUGGCGUUACGAAGUGUACAAUAUUUAAUAUUGGCCAAUGCAGAAGUAUGAUCCCUUACGAAAAUUUAAAUUAUACACUUUAUGUGUUUUAAAAAAAUACAAAUGACUGUAAAUUUUUGCAACAGCUGAUUUGCAAGUGCUAUAAAGAUAGCGAUGACUACCUCAACGAAGACUUGACGAUGGCACUGGCGAAAGAGUUCGAGAGAGAAGAGGUUGAGAUGAAUCAGGCAGCUUAUUAUUUGAUGAAGUGCCUUAUCUUCUGCUCGGAAGUGAUGAAAUGUUUAGUAGAAGACCGUGAAGAGGAAAGCCUGAUGCAGUGUAUCGAGAAAGCUUACGAUAACUCCUUGAGGUCUUACCAAAACAAGUUGCCGAACUGGCUAUUCCACGUUCUCUUGAAGACCUGCCGGUCCAAGAGCGAAGUCAUCGACAGCAUAACUUUCGAAGACAACUCCUCGGCAGAAGACACGAAGAAGGACUUGGGUUCCUUGGCCGAAGUCAUCGCCCAUACGGUCGGCAUAUUGAAGGAACACUUCGAGACACGUUGGCAUGGAGUAGAUCGCUAUUUCUUAUAAAGUUCGAUAUGUUUUAUUGAAAUAUAGAAUUUCCUUGGUAU